AUAGGAAUCGGACAGGAGUUCCUGCAGAAGAGUCACGGCCGCACUUGCACCUUCAGAAAUGUUUUCUAAACUUUUCAUAGUUGUUUUUCUCGCUUUUAUUUUACACAGCACACCAUCAGAUGGCCAGAAAAAGAAGGAGACUUUGCUGUCGGAGAAGGUCGCUCAGAUGAUGGAGUGGACCGGUAAACGUGCAGUGGUCAGACUGAAUGGAGAUAAGUUCAGGAGAUUGGUCAGAGCUCCACCGCGGAACUACUCAGUUAUUAUCAUGUUUACAGCACUGCAGCCACAGAGACAGUGUGCAGUCUGUCGACAGGCGGAUGAAGAGUACCAGAUUCUUGCAAACUCGUGGAGAUAUUCGAACUCAUUUACCAACAGGAUUUUCUUUGCAAUGGUGGAUUUUGAUGAAGGAUCUGAUGUUUUUCAGAUGCUCAACAUGAACUCGGCUCCGACAUUCAUCAACUUUCCAGCUAAAGGCAAACCCAAGCGAGCGGAUACGUAUGACCUGCAGGUUCGGGGCUUUGCAGCGGAGCAGCUUGCUCGAUGGGUGGCGGACCGAACAGAUGUUCAUAUCCGAGUCAUCAGACCUCCUAACUACGCCGGACCGCUGAUGCUGGGAUUGCUGCUGGCUGUCAUAGGAAGUCUGGCUUACUUGCGCCGCAAUAACCUCGAGUUUCUUUUCAAUAAGAACGUCUGGGCUUUCUCUGCAUUGUGUUUUGUUUUGAUCAUGACAUCGGGCCAAAUGUGGAACCACAUUCGAGGUCCUCCAUACGCUCACAAGAACCCAAACACUGGUCAAGUGAGUUACGUCCACGGAAGCAGUCAGGCUCAGUUUGUGGCAGAAACCCACAUUGUUCUUCUCUUCAAUGCGGCCGUGACUUUAGGAAUGGUUCUGCUUCAUGAGGCCGCGACCUCUGACCUUGACAUCGGGAAGAGGAAAAUUAUGUGUGUGGUGGGAAUUGGACUAGUGGUGCUGUUCUUCAGCUGGCUGCUGUCAGUGUUUAAAGCCAAAUAUCAUGGAUAUCCUUACAGCUUUUUGUUCAGCUAAACAAAGAAUUGUGAAGGAGCCGUGGCAGAUAUUGAUGCUCAAAGUGCCUUAAUGUUUGAUAUUGAUUGAUUUGGUAAACUUCUGCUUGCCUUGUAUAAGACUUGUUUGAUUUUCUUUGUUAUUAUUUUUUAAUAUUCACUUACAAAAGCCGUGAUUAAAUUUUUAAGGUUUUUUAUUUUUAAGAAAGUUUUUUGUUAAGAACGCAUGUGAAUGAAACGAGCAGUUAAGUGUGAAAACAGGUUCAAGGUUUAGGUUUGUAGCAUAUAAAUUGCAUUGCUUGCUACAGUAUAAUGAGGUUAAUCCAGUGUACACUUUAAAAUUGUGUAGUGAAUUGGUUCAGUUUAAAUACUUCGAGGUACACCAAGACAAGACAAGGUUUUUGAAUUCUACCUCAUCAAUGUGCAAAUUAAGUGUCCAAAGUCAAAUAAGAGUCAGUGGGUAUUUUGAGUGUAAGAUUGAAGGAAACCUCAGGGCGAUUGAAUGUGUCUUAAAUGAGGAAAAGCAAAUGUUUGCUCAUGUUGUGCCUCGUGUGAUGAUGACUGCCAUUAAAAGUGCCUUGAUUCCUUGUAUUACA